UCGCCUGCUGUUGUUGAUGGGAGGUCUGCAGCAGGCUGUACAGUAUCUUGUUGUCACAGGGUGUACAUACAGGGUGUACACGUACACCCUAUCUGCCUGUAGCAAAGUGUACACACGUGCUAUCUGACUGUAGCAGUGUACAUACACAGUGUACACGUACACCCUAUCUGCCUGUAGCAAAGUGUACACACGUGCUAUCUGACUGUAGCAGUGUACAUACACAGUGUACACGUACACCCUAUCUGCCUGUAGCAAAGUGUACACGCGUGCUAUCUGACUGUAGCAGUGUACAUACACAGUGUACACGUACACCCUAUCUGCCUGUAGCAAAGUGUACACACGUGCUAUCUGACUGUAGCAGUGUACAUACACAGUGUACACGUACACCCUAUCUGCCUGUAGCAAAGUGUACACGCGUGCUAUCUGACUGUAGCAGUGUACAUACACAGUGUACGUGUACACCCUAUCUGACUGUAGCAGUGUACAAAAUGAAAACAAUGAACCAUGGCUUCCUAGCCAUUUCCUGCGGCUACGUGACCGUAGGCUGAUGGCGUUACGUAGUUUGAUUUUACUUUCGUUUGAUCGAGUGAUCUUGUGUAACGUGAUUGACGUGUCUUCUCUGUGCGACGUGUAACGUGUGAUUGACGUGUCUUCUCUGUGUGACGUGUAACGUGUGAUUGACGUGUCUGCUGCACUUGAGGUGUUGCUGACGUCUGUUCUACCUAGAAAUGCGUCAUCACCAUGGCUACGUCAUACGCAAGUGGUAUCAACUAGAGCAGACACGUCAAUAGCACGUCACACGUCAAGUAGAACAGACAAUGACACCUUCCAUGACACAGAAGAAGCAGUCGUUGUUGAAGGAUCGCUGCCUGAGGUCGUGAACCUGAUCUACACCAGCCGUUAACCCAUUUGCAUAAACAGACAGGGAGAUAGUUCGGCUACAAAAGACUGAGAGUAUCAUUAUCAUUUAGCCAGCCUUGAGUGGUGUCAGUCAGUUAUACCUGCUGGCACCGGCUGUUGCCUCCACCUCACCCACCCCACCUCCACCUGCCCAUCCCCACCCUCCCUCCCGACUCUCUCAGCUCUCGUCCAUCGCCAACUACUGAGCUGUUGGGGCAAGAUCCCCGUGGCUUAUCUUACAGUCGUACUGCCCUUAUCUCUGACAGACAGGUGUGUACUGGAUGUCAACUCUGACCUCAUGAGGCGGGCCAUCUAGCAGUGGACCUCCCAUCUAACAGUGGAUUUCUCAUCUAACUUUAUCUGACAGUAGACCUCCUCCCAUCCAACAGUAGACCUCCCAUCUAAGUGAUCUAACUGUAUCCAACAGUAGACCUCCCAUCUAACAGUGAACUUCUCAUCUAACACCAAGAAACAGUGGACCUGCCAUCGAACAGACAAUGAACCUACUAUGGAACUAAAAGCAACAGUGGACUUUGCGAGUGAAAUCAAAGGGACUGAACGUCCUGUGGUCCACCUGUCACAAUCGGAGACCUAUCACGUGAUUAGCCGGACACCAGUCACGUGACAAACAAGCGCCAGAAUCUUCUUUGCCUCAGGGCCUGCCUGCAGCCUCAUGGAGAAGGGCAAGAACGACAGCUGCACCUUUGUGCAGGUGAGCACCAGCCUUGAAGGAGCAGCCGCUCAUUCCAAUUAUGCCCAUGACCACGCCCACCAUUCCCAUGACCACGCCCACCAUUCCCAUGACCACGCCCACCAUUCCCAUGACCACGCCCACAGCCACGAGGUGAUGGAGUCCCCAGGUAGAUACCGCGACAGACAGCAACCGCUGUACCGCAGCGACUGGACACAGAGAGCCUUCACUGUGGGUGUUGGGGGUCCCGUGGGGUCAGGAAAGACAGCCCUGCUGUUGGCUCUAUGCCGCAACCUUCGUGAUACCCUGAGUAUCUGUGUCGUCACCAACGACAUCUUCACCAGGGAGGACUGGGAGUUUCUUGUCCGGAACGAGGCACUUCCUGAAGAGCGCAUGCGCGCCGUGGAAACUGGGGGCUGUCCUCACGCCGCCAUCAGAGAGGACUUCUCUCUGAACAUAGAAGAGGUGAAGGAACUCACGCGAAAGUUCCACCCAGAUUUGGUCUUUGUCGAGUCCGGAGGAGACAACCUGGCCGCAAACUUCAGCCGCGAGUUAGCGGACUUCAUCAUCUACGUCAUAGACGUUGCAGGAGGUGACAAGGUGCCGAGAAAAGGUGGUCCAGGUAUUACACAAAGUGAUCUGCUUGUCAUCAACAAAACAGAUCUGGCGGCAGCUGUGGGUGCUGACCUACAGGUGAUGUCUGCGGACGCUAGUCUCAUGCGGCAGAAGGGACCCACGGUCUUCACUCAGGCUAAGCAUGGACUCGGCAUCGCAGACGUGGCCCAGUACAUCACACUUGCUCUUCAAGAGCAAACACUUCGCAAAUAACAGAUCCUGGUCACAUGUCACAAUUGUUGUGUGUGUCCUCGUGACUAGUGUCAUCAGUGCAGUCAUUAUAAUCUGAAAAUAUUCUGAAGUAACCUCUCUUGAUGUCAGUUUUUUGUAGAGAAAAUUUCAAUUCACAAAAAUGCUGCCUACCUUCAAGAUGUAUGGCGAACAUGCAUCUAAUAAUUAUCACAAUUCAACUCUUCGAGUACAAAUUAACUAUAUCCCAGCGCGAAGUUUGACUCUACAUACAGGUAAACUAGGCAAGCUAGGCAAGCUAGGCAAGCAUUUUCCUAUCCUCAGGCUUGCGGCUGUGAUGGUCCGGCCUUGGUCAGUGGAUUUUUCUCCUUAUUUUACAUUUUUCUUUUAAAGAAAGGUCUCAGAAAAGAACACCCAAACAUUACACAUGCAGAUGUUGAGUUUUGUCUGAGUAUUCAGCCUGGGGUGAGAAGCAGUGAAAAUUACAAGGCGACCUGGAUAGGUCGUCUGCCCUGGCUGGCUCUCUGCAGCCCUGUGUACACACGCACGUGUGUGUGUGUGCCUGUUUCAAGUUAAUGCAUGGAUGAGUAUAAGAAACAGCUAAUGAUUGUGUGUGUAGCUGUGUGAUGUGUAAACACUUCAUAUAAGAGUGAUUCACUGUAUGCAGUUAGUCACGUAGAACUGAUUCACUGUCUGUCAUGCAGUUAGUCUUGUAAAAGUGAUUUACUCUGUGCGUCCUGUUAGUCUUUUAGAAGUGAUUCACUGUGUAUAAUUUGUCAUGUAGAAGUGAUUCACUGUGUCCAGUUCUUCUUGUGAAAAGUAGAAUCUAACACUCUAAUCCUGCUUUCUUUUACGUUUUCCAAUAAACUAAACAUAAACUUUUCUAGGUGGACUGGGCACUGUUUUAACUACACCCAAAUAAGACGUACAAGCAGCUUGCUUUGAAGUCAAACAUUGUAACUCUCAAAAUUUUAGUGUAUGUAUAUAUUAUCUACAAAGUGCAUCAUAUAAAGUCUGAUUACAUGAAUUUUGCUUUGCACACAAUUUUCAAAAGCAUAAAUAAAAGAAUUAAAGUUUGAGAACAGUUUGCGACACAGCAGCCUACUUCAAGAAUUAGCACAUCACCAGCGUAUAUAUUAUGCUCAUUAAUGCAUUUGAGAAGUUUUGAAUAUUCAUACAGGAUAAUUUUGAAUUUCCCUUAAAUUGUCAUUUUUGUUGUUUAGUAUAUUGGAAGAUUGAGAUGUUACAAACAUAAACAGAAUUGACAGUGUCAUGCAGAUGUUUUCAUUUCUUGUAUGUGAAAAACAGCCAGUGUUUCAGUCAGUUGACUAAGCAGUUAAACAUCUACAAAAGCUUCUUCUUUUAUGCAAAAAAAGUAUAAUUUUGUGUGGUAAACAUAUAAAAUGUCAUGGCCACAUACAUUACACAAUACACACAUGCAUAUUAUACAAAUACACAUAGAAACAAUCACAUUUACUCCUGUACUAUUCCGACAAAAAGCAAAAGUGUAUUUGCACAACCAAGAAAUUCAAUCACCAAAAAUCAUUAUUUGCAACAUCAGUUGUGACAAAGUCUCUCCUUGGUGCUGCUUAUAUUAAAUAGAAUCUGAAAUAUAUAUACUAUUGUCAAAAAUCUUAAGAUUGAACAAAAUCAAUUUAUCAUUGCUGUUUGUAAACAGUCUCCAGUGCGCAAGCAUAAUACUGAUAAUAAAGCUGAGCAAGAA